AUGACCGAACCAGCAAUUCAGUUCCAUCUUUGGCAAACCUUUGCCGCUCAUGGUUCAGAUGUGAAAGCAGUUGAGCCAACUUCGCAAGGCCAUCUGGCUACUGUGAGUCGAGACGAGACUGCAAAAUUAUGGGUGGAGAAGUGAGUUUUUGUUUUUAUUAGUUUUGUUGACCUUUAGAGGAAAUAACUUUGAAGAAUCAACUUUUUUAUUCUGCAUCUUGAUGGUCAUGGAUAAGAUAGGACGAAAAUACGUAUUUUUCAAGCUCUUAAUACCUCUUUAGACUGGGAAUUUAACGUAGAAUAUUGUGGAAUGAAAUGAAGGGACAUGCUUUACUUCUAGAAAUUGUUUGCUUUGUUUUGAGUGAAAGGUUUGGUACCAUGGAUAAUAUCGCCUGAAAAUUAUGUUUAUAAUUGCUGAAACUAGUCAAAUAUGGUAUCAUUUUGAAGAUGUUCUCAUGCUGAAACUAUUAGUAGAUAUUAAUUAUAGUUUUGGAUUGGGGUUUGCCUGUUUUAGACUAAUUUUUGGCACCUAAAUUUAUAUUAUCCUUCCUAAAGUUUUUCCGCUUGUUUCCGCAUUUUUUUGAGAGAUGGGUAGGCUUAGUUUUAUAAACAGUUUGGAGAGGUGUCAGCCAAUCUUUUUACCGACGUUUCUGUCAGUAAUUCCCUUAAUUUUCCAGAGAAAACGGGUAUGUCCAAGAAGCCGAGUUCAAGAACGGUCAACAUGUAAAUUCGUUGGGUUUUUACGAAUGUCCAGAUGGAAGCAGCGAGUUUAUUGUUUGUGGACGAAAGGAUGGUACUGUCGCUUUGUUUGCGCCGACCAGUGAAGAUCCCACAGUUGUUAUUCGCGUUCAUCAGAUGAAUGGUAAGUUGUUUUGGCGUUUUCGCUUUGAAUUUGUUCGAUGUUUAGGUUGAAUUGAAUAUCAAAAGAUUUAAUGUAAGCUGAGGAAGCUUACAAGUUUUGGGUCGAACAUAUUUAGGGCUGUUUGAAUAUUCUUUUGGCCGAUUUCCAUAGUUUUUGACCUUAUUUUUGAAGUUCCACUAAUUUAUUGACAGUUUUAUUGCCUAAAUUUUCAGUUUGUACCCUACGAGUAGACAGUGCGACCGGUAGAUGUAUCAGCGGUGGUUGGGAUUCAAAGGCAGUGGUUACCGAUCUCAAUAAAGCUCUUCAAAAUCAACCAUCCGAGGCAAGUACAAUAUUAUUUUUUCUUUUGAUUUUUAGGCGAUAACAAGAGCUGCAAAUAUGGUAAUAAAAUUCCAAAAUGCUAUAAAAUGUUUUACCAUCACUCUUUUCCAGAUUUACGGCUUGAACGGGCACAAAAAUUCGGUUUGGGCAGUGGAAUUUGUGCAAAAUCAACCAAACAAUUUCGUCACCGGUUCCGCCGAUCGGACGAUCAAGUUGUGGUGCGGGAAUGAAUGCAUCAUGACGCUGGAAGGUCAUCAGGAUGUUGUGAGGUCAAUUAUCAUGCUACCGAAUGGGAAUUUGAUCUCCUCCGCCAACGAUAGCACCCUGCGAGUGUGGUCGACGGAGAGCGGGAAAUGCCUUGAAGCCUACGACUCCUAUCAUGGAGAGUUCAUUUAUGCGUAAGUGAAUACAUUCGCAAGAAUUUUAAAGCUUCUCCAUCGAAUAUUUAUAUUACUUUAGGCAAAAUUUUGGAUUUUGAUAUAAAAAAAUAAUAUUUUCUCAAUUUUAUCGGCUCUUUUUUUCAGCACAGCGCUGUUGACUCAUCCCAGUGGAAAGAAGUUUGUGAUCUCAUGCAGCGAACGUGGUUACGUCGAGAUAUACGCCUUGGUUGCUGAUGAUACCGCAUUGUCUUUUCUGCAGCCAGUCAGAGCUCCGGUGGUCUCGUUGUGGGCUGUUCGGAGUACGAAAGACGGAGACUUUGCCUUGGCAGCCAGGUAAGUGGAUUUGGAGAUUUUUAGAUUCGAAUUUGUGAAGUUUUGCAAUGGCAGGCUGCGCCCUAACGUACUUUCUGAAUUUUGUUGCUUUUAGCCGUAAAUAAUGAAGCUGAAGGGCGUUUAGGUGGAUAAAGGUUUAUUGGUCAAUUUUUCGUAUUUUUAGAUUUUUUUAGGCCUCUCGCAAGCUGCGCCCGAUAUUUUAAAAAUUUCUCGCAGCCUGCACCAAAAUUUAUUUGUUUUAUUUUAUUAUCUCUAAUUUUGUCCGUUUUCAGCAAUGGAUUUGUCUACAUUUUCUCGGCCAACCCCGACAAAAAAGCUCCGGAGCCAGUUGAAGCCGCGUUCGAAGCCGAAUUGGCCAGCUUCAUUGCCACAGAAGCGGCCGCAAAGGCUGCCGAACAGAACGAUAAGGUUGUGAUCAAGGUAUCAUUGGACGACUCUGGCCGUCAGUUGGACCUGGUCUAUGUGAAAGGUCAAAAUCCCAUCGAUUCGGCGAAGAAUUUCCUGGCGGUAUGUGCGUCGUUUAACCGGAGUUGGACCAUUGGGAAAAAGGACGAUUGGGGAAACCGGAAAAUAUUAUUUUUCUUCGAUGCAAGUGUCGAAUUAGGAUAAUCGAGGGCGCUGAUUUCGAAAAUGACAUUCAUUUUUUUGAUAGUUACUUUUUUCCUGAAGUAGUAUUGUGAAGUAGUAAUUUUUUGAAUUUUUUUCGUAAAUACUCGAUUUAGGGGUUUUCGAGGGUGCUGAUUUCGAAAAUCUUAUUCAUUUUUGCUGAUUUGAAAGCCGCACCAUCGAAAACCCCCAAAUCGAGUAUUCAUGAAAAAAAAUCGAAAGGUUAUUACUUUACAAUACUACUUAAGGAAAAAAGUAACUAUCGAAAAAAACGAAUGUCAUUUUCGAAAUCACCACCCUCGAUUAUCCUAAUUUCACACUUGCAUCGAAGAAAAAUAAUACUUUUUGGUUUCCCCAAUCGUCCCAGUUCCCAUAGAUACACACGCCUUUUCACACGUUUUUCAACACUCAAAGCUCAAAGUCAUUUUUUUUUGAAAAAAAUCAGAAAUUUUUUUCUGAAUUUCCCAAGUUUCCAUCAAAAAAUGAAAAAAUUUUCUCUUCAAAUCCGUAUUUUUUAAAAUUUUUAUUUUUUUACGAUUUGAUAAUCGAUUCCGUUUUAGCAAAACCAUCUGCCAAUAUCGUAUCUAAACGAAAUUGUGGAUUAUAUCAAGUCCAAUGUCCCAGAAGCCAGGAAUUUCGAACAGUUCAAGGGAACGAAGCCAGCACCGAUUCAGAAACCGGGUGUAAGUUGGAAUUGAGGCUUUUUUUUGAGUGUGGAAAGGGAUUGAGAUGGGUUUUGAUGAAGUUUGGGGGUGAAUUUUGAGAUUUUUAUAUUACUUUAGGUGAUAUUUCGACAAUUUUUUAAAAAAUUUUUUCUGGUGAGAAAUGAAAAUUUGGGGAGUAGACAGUGAAGUGGGAGAAAUUUGAAUAAUAUUUUAUUUUUUUCAGCCAGUUUUUUAUAUUGUUUUAGGCGAUUUAAUGGCAAAUUUUUCAAUUUUUCCAUUUUUUAUUUGUUUUAAUUAAAUUUUAGCCCGUAAUUUUGAUGUAUCCGCAAUUUUCAGAAAGCCGACUACGAAUUCGAGAUCACCGCACCGCCAGACAAGACCUUUUUCCUUGCCUAUAACGUCGGCGAAGACCCAAAUAUGGCGGCGCAACGGUGCUGCGAACAAAACAAUCUCCCCAUCGCCUUCCUCCCCCAAUUGGUCAACCAUCUGCAACAGAAUGUCCCCGAAAUCAAGGGACUUCAAGGCAAAGCAUAUGCCGAUCCAUUCACCGGAAGUGGGCGAUAUGUCCCAGGCCAGAGCUCAGCUGGCUCAGGAGACUUUGGAGACCCAUUCACAUCCUCGGGAAGGUAUAUCCCGGGACAAGCAAGCGCUCAAACUGGUCAAGGUGAGAUUUAAAAUAGAUUUUGGGGGUUUUGAGCGAUUUUUUUGGGAGUUUUUUGAAAAAUUUUUGAGGAAAGUACUUCUAUGUGGUGUGGAGUUAAGUAAAAGACCUCAAAACAAUCAAAAAUCCAAAUACAAUCUAAAAUCAAUCUAAAAAAUAUAAAAAUCUCAAAAAAAUUUCACAAGGAAACUACUUCUAUUGGGUAUGGAGUUAAGUAAAAGACCUCAAAACAAUCAAAAAUCCAAAAACAAUCUAAAAUCAAUCUAAAAAAAUAUAAAAAUCUCAAAAAAAUUUCACAAGGAAACUACUUCUAUUGGGUAUGGAGUUAAGUAAAAGACCUCAAAACAAUCAAAAAUACAAAAACAAUCUAAAAUCAAUCUAAAAAAAUAUAAAAAUCUCAAAAAAAUUUCGCAAGGAAACUACUUCCAUGGGGCAUGGAGUUACAGGUCGAGACAUACGUCAAAAAAAUCCCAAAAUUUUUCUGAUUCAGAAUAUGUAAAAGUUAGCUGCCUAAUUUUGGUCUGUAAGGGUGAAAAAAUCCAACUUUUCUCACAACACCACGCAAACGCUUUUUUGACCAAGUUUUUACCAAUUCAAAAGGUUUGUUUUGAGCUAAAGCACACCCUGGCAUUUACUUUUGACAUGCCUUAAAAUAUCAAAUUUGAUUAAUACUACACUUUAAUAGUCGUUCCAAUGUAAAAAAGAGACAUUGUAGUAUUAAUCAAAUUUGAUAUUUUAAGGCUUGUCAAGAUGCCAGGGUUUACUUUAGCUCAAAACAAAGCUUUUGAAUUGGUAAAAACCGGGUUAAAAAGGCAUUUGCGUAGUGUUGCGAGAAAAGUUCUGAGGGUUUUUUCACCCUUACAGACCAAAAUUAGGCAGCUAACUUUUACAUAUUCUGAAUCAGAAAAAUUUUACGAUUUUUUUUGAUGUAUGUCUCGACCUGUAACUCCAUGCCCCAUAGAAGUACUUUCCUUGUGAAAAUUUUCUGAGAUUUUUAGGUUUUUUAAGGUUUAUUUUAGAUUGUUUUUGGAUUUUUGAUUGUUUUGAGGUCUUUUACUUUAUGUAUUUGCGAUUUUCAGGCGGCGGAGAUCCAUUCACCUCCGGAGGAAGGUAUAUUCCAAGUCAGGAAACCAACCCUCUAUUGCCCAACUCCUGCCUAAAGGCCGACAAAAAACGCCCGUUUUCGGAGUAUGUCCCCAUCAAGGACCUGUAUUUGUUCCCAGAAAGGGCUGACCAAAAAGCUAUCGAUGCGCUGAAGAAGGCCAAUUCGGAAGUUGGCCCGAAUUAUGAGCUGGAAGAGCCAUUGGUGAGUUUGUGAUGGAUAAGGUGAAAAAAUCUAUAAAAGUAGAGGUAGAUGGAAGUUUAUUGACUUGUUUUUUUAGCAGUUAUUACUUUUAGGAGGGUAGCGAAGAGGUUAGAAUCGAAAUUUGGGGGUUUUGCGAAAAAUCAUGUUUUCGUGGCAGGACCCAAAAUUUGUAAAUUUAGAGAAAAAUGACUGUUUUGAAAGGAAAUAAGUAUUGUUUUGCCUGGAAAAUUGUAAAUCGAGAUGUUUUAGGUUAAAAAAAGCAAAAUUUUGAACAGUCAGGUUUUCGUGGUGGGACUCAAAAAUUUGGCAAAUCAAUGAAUUUUUUUAAAAAUCCGUAAAUUGCGGUUUGAUAGCCUAGAAAUGACUAGUAAAAAUUUCAGUUUGAUGCCCUCGUCCAAAUGCUGGAGCCCGGCUUCGAACACAAUGAAAUCCAAACGCUGGCCCUCGAAAAAGCCCUCCAAUGGCCGAUGGAGCACAUCAUGGGAGUGAUCGACGUCCUCCGCCACGCCUUGCUCAACGAAUUCCACAGCCUGACCUUCUGUUCGCCGCCGAAUGGAGACCUGACUGUGGAGAGAUUGCUCACUUUACUCAUUUCGGACUCUACCUUCAAAAUCCGGACCAUGGUUUGCCGAGCCUUAGCCAACGCCUGCAAACAUGAACCUGGGAGAAGAAUGCUGAUGAGCCGAUUGAGUGAAGUGGUGGAAGUGGUCGCACCGUGUGUGCUGUGGGAGAAACCAAUUCUUCAGGUGGGAAAUUGGGGGUUUUGGGAGAUUUUUGGUUUUUUCGAGGAAUAGAAAGGGUUGUAGAAAGUGUUAAAUGGUGGUAAAAGUGUGAUAGGAAAUCGUGUUUAGUUUGGAGAUGUUUUGUUGGGGGUUGAGGGCGUUUUGAAGGCAUUUGGACCUUGUUUUAGGUGGACUAGACCUGUUCUUGGAAAAUUUGGAAAUUUUGAUGUUUUUAGAGGGAAAUAAAGAGCGUGAUAGGUGACAUCUGGGCCUACAGAGUAUGAGGGCGAUUAGAUGUUAUUUUUGGGAGAGUUGAACCGGAUUAAGGGGAAAAUUUUGGCAUAUUUACCUUAUUUUAGACGACUUUUGGUGAUUUUUCCCGUUUAUGCUGUUUAUUUUGAUUUUUAUGAAUCAUUUUCAGGUAGCCGCAACCUCCUGCCUUGCCAACCUCGCCUUUUGCCUCUUGAAGCAGACCGAAGCCGGCGUCGCGGAGCUCGGACCAAGAGAAGAUCUCCUCCGAGCGAUCAUCAAAACCACAGAAAAAACCCCGGCAUUCUCUCAUCUGUCCCCGGUAGCCAUUCUACGUCUCCUCCAGACCAUUGUCACCCUGAUGUGGGGCGAUUUGACCGUCAUCAAGAUGGGCAAACAGCGAGGAGUUGCGGAAAUUGUCCAGAAAAUCAAAGACGCCGCCAGCGACGAAGCCAGCAAAAAUAUCGCACGUGAUAUAUACGUCAUGACAUUUGAGGUCUAA